GGGUGCCUCACCUGGGCCCGGCGGCCGCCAUUACCGCCCGGCCCUCCCCAGGGCCGCCGGAGGCGGGGAGCGGAGAGUCGCCCGGAGGGGAGAUUGAAGAUCUGAAGAAGAUAAACCAUGAGCUAAGGCAACAUGUCAUUCAACUGCUUGGUAAGAAGCAAGUGGUUGAAAGUCAAGUGGAUAGGUUCACCUGUAAAAAUUGUCAUCUGUGUAAAGAACUUGCUGCAAUUGGCAAACUAUCUGAGGAGCUGGAAAAAAACUUGCUGUUGAAUACUGCUGAUAAGGAGCUUGAGGAAGCAAAGAUUCAAAUUUGACACUGGUGGAACAAGAUAAAGAAGCUGCAACGCACAGUGAAAACACUAAAAUCCGUUAUUUUACAAACAAAAGCUGAAAUAAAGCAAGGGAAGUCACCUUCUAGGCUUGAUACCUCUAUUAAGACAUUGGAAGAGGACUGAGAAUACUAUAAAAGUGAGGCUGAGAAUUUGCUGAAGGUAUUUAGAAACACAUUUUCAAGUCCUAAGUGAACCUCUACUUGUGGCAGCAUGUCCAAAAAAAUUUCAUCCACCCAGGGAGUGAGUUCUGACCCAGAAGUUUUGAAAGUAUUGAGAGAACGUGAAGAACUUAAGUCAACGCUGAAAAAACUUGAGCGACGUGUGGCAGAAAUUCAGGGUAACUUCAAAGUUUUAACAGCUGAGAGAGACAAAUUUGUCAUUCUUUAUGAACGGGCACAGGAAGAGAUUUCCCGACUUCGUCAGGAAGUUAUCAAAUGCCCCAGGAAUCGUAAAAGUAUUGUGAGAGCUCAAGCUGUGUUAAGACGUGUGGAGAUAGAAAGGGAGACAGCACUGUCAGAUUUCCUAAGGAUGACUACAGAACGUGAUAGCCUCAGGGAGCAGUUAAAGAUUUCCCAAGAGACUGCGUUUAAUGAAAAGGCUCAUUUGGAACAGAGAAUUGAAGAGCUACAAACUACUAUUCAAAAUUUAGAUAGUGAACGGUUAGAACAGAUGUCCAAAGUGGCGCUAAUGAAAGACGCCAUUGAUUCUGUGGAAACUGAGGUGAAAAGAUUGGCAAGAAGAGCACUGGACUCUGAAACUGAGCUGAGACGACAGGAAGCUGAAUAUGCUUCACUUAGAUUAUUGAAUGAAAAAACAGAACAGACUCUUUCAGAGACACAGCAAAGCCUUGCUAAGAAAACAUAUGAAAUGCAACUUACCCAGAAGAAAAUUAUGCUUUUGGAUGAAAAAAUUGAUAACUUUUCAAGACAAAGUCUUGUACAACAAGAGGAAAUCUGUGCUCUGAAAGAAACAAUUGCACAACUUGAUAAAGAGAAGGCAACUUUGCAAAACUGGGUGGAAGAAGGAAGAGAGAAGAUUGCUACUUUUGAGGAAAGCCUGGCAAUUAAAGAGAAAGUAAUUUCAGAUUUCAAGAUUCUGAUUUCUGAGAUGGAGCAUUCCACAAAAAAGUCUUCUGAAGCACUCUGUGCCUGUAAGAAAGAUAUCACCAGUUUGCGUCAACAGCUACACGAAACCAACGAAGAACUUGCACAGACUAACAAGAACAGAGAAUCAUUAGCUCAGGAGAAUGACAGGUUACGAGAACAUCUUUCUAAUAUUAAGCAAGAAAAUCAGGUGCUAUAUAAAAAACUAGCAAAGUACCAGAAUGAGCUUGAUGACAUGAAGUUGAAAGCCCAGGAUUCAAACACAGAUAUUGUCAGGCUGAAGGGCAUACUGAAGUCUAAAGAGAUGGAGAACUGCGAGCUUUUGGAGAAUUACCACAAAGCCUGUGAACAAGGAGAAAGCUGGGAAGCAAGAUGCCAUCAAGCAGAAGCAGAUUGUAGCUCUGUUAGAUGGGCACGGAUCAGUGUGGAGUCUGAAAACCGCAGGCUGAAAGAGAAAAUGGAGUCCCUUGAAACAGAGAUGGAGCAACUGCAGAGCAAGUGUGUGUCAUCCCAUUCUGAAAUAGAGCUGCUGAGAAAACAACUGGUAAAUGAAAGAGCAUCUAUGAAAAACCUGGAAUCUUUGCUUGCAUCCAGUCGUGAGAAAGAAUUUCAGUCACAGAUAGAAAAACAAGAAAAAGACUCUGAAAUUCAGUUUCUAAAGGAACAGCUUGCUUUAGCAGAAAAUAAACUUGCUAUGCAGAGUCAAGAUUUAACUGAGCUCAGGAAUAUUGCAGCUCAGGUAGAGCUGGAACUGGAUUUCACCAAAAGACAGCUGGGGACUGAGCGCUUCGAAAGGCAACGUGUUGUACAGGAGUGCCGAUGCCAGAAUCAUACAAUCUCGUAUCAAUUAAGCUCUACAUUGAGAACAUCAUCAUCACCUGAACGUUCCCAUUAUCGACCUCCUCAUUGGUCUCUGGACUGACCCCUGGAUGGAUGAGUGGUUCAACGACAUUUAAGUUCCAAACACUGAGGGAAUUCUUGUUUCAAGGACUUAAUUCACAAUGGCUUGUGAAGACUCUCACACCAUCUGGAGAGUUAUAACGCUCAUUUAAGUAUGAUUUUUUUCUCUGCUGAAUGCUAAAUUUCAUUAAAUCUACUUCACAAAUGCUUGCACAGGUAUUUUGUCACUCUUAAUGUGGUUCCGUGGGAAGAAAUCAGUCAGAAUAACUACCUCUCCCAGCUCUUGGAUCACUGUGUGAGAUGGCCCAUCUCAAGAAACAGAAAAAAAGACCCACAAAUUCCAUAAACUGUACUGACAGUGUGCUUUUAUUUUAAAAGUGUGCGUAAUUUUAAAAGGUUAUUGAUAUAACUGAAAGAAAUUGAAAGAACAAUAUGGAACUUUACUGGGGGGGAAAAAAGUGUCUAUAUUCAGGUGUUACAAUCUGGAUGUUUUUUUGCUGAACUAUGUGAGUGUUGUUCUUGAGAUAAUGCAGUGCCAUCUCAAGAUAUGAAGAAUUUGGUGGGUUUUUCUCCCCUUCAAACCUGACUGACUUAUUAAUUUGGGUAAUUAAGAUAGUAAUGCCAGCAGAUACCAGUGUUUUGAUACCCAUCUAUGAAGAUACGUAUUUUCUUGUAUGUUUCCAUACAUACUGGAAGUGUGUUCAACUUCUAAGAGUUUUAUUAAAACUGCACAGUUUCUACUUAGAAUUCUUUAAUAUGAGUGAGUACUGUUUGGUGAUAAUUACUCGCACUUAAACUAGCUCAGAAUUUCUGCACUUCAUGUCAUAACAUUUGUCUAUGUUCUAUAUUCGCACACAUUAAAUCCAAGAGAAAAUGUAAAAUUCUCUCUUAUAAAUCAUCUGGCAAAUCUAUACUUCUGUAUUUGGAAAGAGAGAAGUAAUUCCUGUUUAAUUCAUUAAAUUAUCCAUUUUCUCCA